UUAGUUUCUCCCUUUUUAACAGCUAGCACGUAGCGCGCACAGUAAAAAACGCGAAGACCGUGUAUAGCCUCGUUGUAGCAGGCCGGUAUGUCACGUGACCGUCAGCCAUUCUAGUUCAGAAACAUGGCCUCGAGUACCGAAGAUCCUACGAAGGAGCAAGAUGCAGAGGAGGUGGACAGUGAAGACCUUAGUAUCACCCCUGAGAUGCUCAUAAAGCAUCCUCUUCAAAACCGCUGGGCGAUGUGGUUUUUUAAAAGCGACAAGGCACGUGACUGGUGUGAUAACCUCCGCCUUGUGACCACAUUUGACACCGUGGAAGAUUUUUGGGCAUUGUACAAUCAUAUUCAGAAAGCCAGCAAGCUGCCAUCUGGAUGUGAUUAUUCUGUCUUUAAGGAUGGAAUUCAGCCAAAGUGGGAAGAUGACCAGAACAAGCGUGGCGGGCGUUGGCUAAUAAAUCUUAAUAAGCAGCAGAGGCAUACAGAUCUUGACAACUUUUGGCUUGAAACAUUACUUUGUCUGAUUGGUGAGGCAUUUGAUGAACAAAGUGAUGACAUAUGUGGAGCAGUGGUCAGCAUAAGAACGAAGGGGGACAAGUUGGGUCUGUGGACAAGAGAUUGUAAUCGGCCAGAUUCCAUCAUGAAAAUUGGGAAAACAUUAAAAGAGAGGCUGAAAAUUCCACCAAAGAUACCUUUAGGUUAUCAGGCACACACAGAUGCUAUUGUUAAAACAGGCUCAACAGUCAAGAACAGGUACCAGGUCUAAUGACUGCUCUGGGAUUACAUGUCCUGAGUGACUUGUAAUCCUAGACUUGUGUUUGGAUCUGUGCUUCGCUUUUGGGGUGCACCAAUCAAGCCUGCUACAGCCAGUUGUCCAGCUCACAAAGAUGACUGCUUCCAGCAUAUAAAACAUAAAAAAACUUUGUUGUGGAAGACAUUGUUGAAAUAAGCACUAGUUAGCUGAUAAUUGAAAUAAACACUAGUUAGCUGGCUAUUUUAGGAUGCCAUUCACUUGUACUAAAAGUGGGUUUUUUUAAAAAAAGAAUUAAAGUUCUGGAGGCUAGUUUGGUUUAAACUUUCUAACAAGUUUAAGGAAAUUUUAUUGCAUUUUUUUUUUUUAACAUAGUUGAGCAUUAAGUUUCUUUGUAUUUUUUGAACCCGCCAUGAAGCAGUCUUAGUUGCUGGCAUGGCGUAAAACUCUAACAUUGUAUCUUUGGAGGUAUUGUUCAUGCAAGAACAUGCCAAAAACGCACUCUGAAACUGAGCUGAAAAUGAAAUUAAUGAAUAUUCUACACCUUUUGUGGGGCUGGACUUGAUUUAAAAAUUGGUGCAUGCUUAAGGUGUGACAUGAAUGAUGCUUUAAGGAACAGAUGAGCAGCAGUUCGAGCACUCUUUUGCAGCAAGUCUCAUCUUCAGUCUUGAGGUGUGUUGCUGGGGUUAUACAAGCUUCAAGCCUUGCUCAUGCUUAGUGCUCAUAUCAUGAAUUCAUCUCUCAACACGUGUGUUUGGAAUACUGACUGCUUUCUUCAGACGUGUUAUUCAGUACUCACUGAAGGCUCGCAACUUCAUAAAGCAUCCAGUCAUAAAAGAACAGCCAUUCAGUUAAACGACCAUUUGUCAUAUAAAAGUUUUUUUUUCUUGUUUCUUGUUUGUAUUUUUUUUUUGGUUGGAUUUUUAAAUACACUAGUAAAAUUUUCAGUGCUAUACUUGUGUGCCUGUUCAUAAGAUUCUCUGUAGGGAGAAGGAAACCUGGUCAACUUUUACUUGCUCCUCCUUACCAUUACUACCAGGCCAAUGGUUACUUACCCAUGAAAGACUCAUGAAUGAUGAAUGAUCCAUGAUGACAGAAGUCUUCAUUUCAUGACUUGUCUCAAAAUCUGCAUUCACAAAGUGGGACUUUUGAUGUAACCUCAUUAUGUACAGAGAUCUAUUUGGUAUGUACAGAUAUUGUAUAUCUUGUUGAUCUGCUGAGCGAGUGGCAGUAGCAUGUUUGUUACUAGGCAGUGUGAAGAUCGGGGGAGGGGGGGAAGAAUUCUGCAGACUUCAUUUCCAAAGCCAGUGCAUUAAGUUAUUUAUAAAUAUUUCACAGGGUUGUAAGAUUUUUUUCUUUGUGCAUUCCUACUCAAGCUUUUAUUUUCUUGAUGCAAUUAGAACUGGCAGAUUAUUCCUUUUUAUUUUAAAUGUAGGAAUGAGACCAUGCUUAUAUUUUGCAAGGUUAUCUGGUUCUUUGGUGAGCAAGGAAGAGGAUUGCAGAUUCCAUAAUUUCCUAAUCGAAACCUCAGCCAUCAACUGUAAAUGUCCAUAAGGAUGCUGUGAAUAGUAUGUGUUAAAUUUGCUUAAUGGUCUGCUAAGGAAUAUUUUGAUGUUACUGUGCAGGGUCACCUGUAGUACACGGAAUGUUGACUUUUUAGUUGGUUAAAAAUGUUUCUCCCCAUUUUGUGUGUUGAAUGGUAACCCAAGCAUGUACUUGAAUUGUCAUUGGUAUGGUAAAGGAUUAGUCCAGUUGGUCUGAAAGCAUAUGCUAUCAUUAAAAUGGGGUGACUUUCUAAAGUGUUAUUCUGUUCUUUUCUGGGAGGUAGGUUAGGUUAUAUAGAAAACAGAUUUUGCUUUUUAAAAUGGUGUAAUGUAAUCCAGCUUUUCUUUGUUAUGCAUGCUUCUGUUGAGGGAAGGGAGUGAUUGAAAAUGUGAUUUUUAAAGUGAUUUGGCA